CUGCUGGACAAAAAGGGCUCGACCGCACCACCAGAGAGUCCGCGGGAAACCGCUUUCCCAGGCUUCGAGGAUUUGUUUUCUUGGGCCCCACCGAUGAGCAAUGGUAAAAGCGCCAUGGCAGCAACCGUGCCGUCACCAAGGGCCUUUUAUGGCCCCAUCAGCCCCGCCAUCCUGGGGUUUGAUUGGGAGGAAGAUGUGGAGGAAGAUGGUCCGGGAACCACGGAGGGGGCCAUAGUUGAGGAUCACCAACAGCAGCAACAGCCACCACAGCAACAACAACCACAGCCACAACAGCAGCAACGACAUCAGCAGCACCAAGGACAACCCGCACCACAAUUACAACCACAGAGUCUGAGGUCUGCCGUGCUGGGCUUUUGGGGUUUCAACGCUGCUCUACUCCGAGACUUUGACGAUGAUACGGCCAGCGUCGCAUCGGGUAUGGCUACGGAUGGCGGGAGCAUCGUGGGAGAGGAAGUCACGGGAGUGCUACCGCCGAUGGGGGGAGCGCUAACGCAUGAUUCCAUGUUCCGCACGCCGCUUUCCGGGUCUGAUCUUUCCACAUUAACCAUCCGUGGUGGGGACAUGCAGGUGGAGGCGGGAGGGCAAAGGGGAAGGGAACCAACUCUGCGCAGGGAUACCAACACAAACCGCACGGGGUCCAGUCGGUCGAAUAACCCGUACGCCGCGGCCAUCGAGGACAAGCAGAACGCCAUGACGGUGGCUUUCCUGCGUAGCCCGGCACGGACCGGACCCGCGGAUACUGCCCCAACUGCCGCGCCCGACGAGCUUGGGUUCGGGCAAAGAUACCAAGUCGCAAAGGAGACGGCCGCGGUUGUCAUCACCAACCAGCGGAGGCUUCCCGACAUCCUCAGCGGAGACCGCGAGUGCAUCAUUUGUACCGACACCAAGCCGGUGUCCGACUUUCCCACGGCGGCCAUCACCAAGGCCUGCGCCCAUGAACCAACCACCUGUCUUGUCUGUGUUGCCACAUCCAUCCAGACUGACCUCAGCAACCGGCUCUGGAACGAGAUCAAGUGCCCAGAAUGUCGCGCGCUGUUGGAGUACGAUGACGUCCAGCGCUUCGCGGAUGACGAGACCAAGGAACGAUACCAAACUCUGUCGUUCCGCUCCGCGAUCUCCACCUCGGACAACUUCGUCUGGUGUACUUCCGGGUGCGGCUACGGGCAAGUGCACGAGGGCGGGGCGUCGUCGCCCAUCGUGAGCUGCCGGCUAUGCGCGCACCGUUCCUGUUUCUACCAUAAGGUGGCGUGGCACGAGAACCUGACGUGCGAGGAGUACGACACGCUGCUGGCCGACCCGGCCAACUUCCGCAGCCGCUUCGACAUCGAGAACGAGGAGGCGCAGCUGGCGGCCGCCGCGCGCCAGGCCCAGGAGGACGCCGACCGCGUAUUCGCCCAGAGCCUGCUCGCCGAGGAGCAGCGCGCCGCGGCAGAGGAGCGCGCCGCGAGGGAGAGGGCCAAGCGGGAGGAGCGGGAGGCGGCCGAGCGGGCCGCGCGCGAGACCAGGGAGCGCGAGAUGCGCGAGGCCGCUGCGCGCAAGAAGCAGGAGGAGGACGCCAGCAGCCGCACCGUCGGGAGCACCACCAAGCCGUGCCCCGGGUGCCGGUCGCCGAUCGAGAAGAACGAGGGGUGGUGAGUAGUUAACCCCCACCAACCAAACCCGUGGCCAUGCUAUGAGGAUUGCUGAUCAAUUAAUCGCUAACACGGUUUCGCAGUGCGCAUAUGACGUGUAAGCUUCCACCUUUCCUACUGCCCCGGCUCCGCCCGACGCGGGCCCUCCGGCGGCGGGCCGUUCCAAGUGGAAACCACGGCCCGCCGCCUUUCCUCCUU